AUGGGAAUAAAAUUCCUGGAAUUUGUGAAGCCGUUCUGCGGCUUCGUGCCGGAAGUGUCGAAGCCCGAGCGAAAAAUUCAGUUUCGAGAAAAAAUGCUAUGGACAGCGAUAACUUUAUUCGUGUUCCUGGUUUGCUGUCAAAUACCCUUGUUUGGAAUAAUGUCUACGGAUAGUGCAGAUCCGUUCUACUGGCUUCGAGUGAUAUUAGCGUCGAACAGGGGAACUCUGAUGGAGCUCGGUAUUUCUCCCAUUGUCACUUCGGGCUUGAUAAUGCAGCUCCUGGCCGGCGCAAAAAUCAUCGAAGUCGGCGAUACUCCAAAGGAACGAGCACUGUUCAAUGGGGCUCAAAAAUUGUUUGGCAUGGUAAUUACAGUUGGUCAAGCAAUUGUUUAUGUAGCUUCUGGUUUGUACGGCGAUCCAACGGAGAUAGGUGCAGGCAUUUGUCUUCUCAUUGUUAUACAGUUAGUUGUCGCUGGCCUUAUUGUCCUGCUCCUCGAUGAAUUGUUGCAGAAAGGCUAUGGACUGGGUUCGGGGAUCUCCUUAUUCAUUGCAACAAACAUUUGCGAGACAAUUGUUUGGAAAGCGUUUUCACCGGCCACACUGAACACUGGCCGUGGUACCGAAUUCGAAGGUGCCAUAAUUGCACUCUUUCAUUUGCUUGCCACUCGUAACGACAAAAUUCGUGCUUUGCGUGAAGCAUUCUAUCGGCCAAAUUUGCCGAAUUUGAUGAAUCUAAUGGCUACAGUACUUGUGUUUGCCGUUCGCUACGGUAGGCUGUUUGAUAAAAAGCAAAUUUCGGCUGCGCUGAAUUUCUUUCUGGAUAAAAUCGGCUUUUUUCUCAAUACCAUAUUUCUCGUGUUGCAGGGUUUCCGAGUUGAUUUACCAAUUAAAAGUGCACGAUAUCGUGGACAGUACAGUUCUUAUCCAAUCAAACUGUUCUAUACGUCCAACAUUCCCAUAAUCCUCCAGUCAGCCCUCGUAUCCAAUCUGUAUGUGAUCUCACAGAUGCUGGCAGCAAAGUUCGGCGGCAAUAUCCUGGUAAAUUUGCUGGGUACGUGGUCGGAUUCAGGAGGCUACCGAAGUUAUCCAACUGGUGGUAUUUGUUACUAUUUAUCACCGCCCGAGACGCUCGCUCAUGUGAUUGACGAUCCCUUGCACUGCUUGGUUGCAAAGCAACUCAAAGAGCAACAAAUGGUGAUGCGAGGCCAUCGUGAGAAGUCAAUGAUCCACGAGCUAAACCGGUAUAUUCCAACGGCGGCUGCUUUUGGUGGUUUAUGUAUUGGAGCUUUAUCAGUUACUGCCGAUUUUAUGGGUGCUAUUGGCAGUGGUACUGGCAUUUUACUGGCAGUAACUAUAAUAUACCAGUACUUCGAAAUAUUUGUUAAAGAACAGCAAGAAAUGGGUGGUGUUGCGGGGAUUAAACAUAAUAAAUUCACAAAACGUGAAAUUGACUUCCUCAGAUCUGGCAUUGGUUCCAGUUUUUUACUAGGCAUAGUUGCGAUGGUUCAUCAUCGAAUCCAGAAGAAGAACAGAAAUAAGCUGAAGUUUGUCGAUCCGUUCAACAAAGCCGGCCCGUCGGUCCGCGAAGCCAAAUCCAAGUGA